UUUUGCAGCAUUCAAAACGAAAAUGAAGGAAGAGAUGAAAGAGAACAAUGGGAUGAACCCAGAUCAAAUCAUUGAAAAUAUUGGUGGAUGUGGAAGAUACCAAAUUCGCAUGUCUGUCAUCGUACAUCUCAUCAAAACUAUAGUCUGUUUCGGAUUUUCAAACCUAAUCAUCAGUACCAAGACCCCGUCCUGGUACUGCAUAGAAGGAAAUGUCACCAACAGUUUUAUAUCAUGUACAAAUCUGGUAAAUAAAUCAGAUCUGACAUGCAGAAAAGAAGAAUGCAAUGGCUGGAUGAACAAAACGAAAUGUGAAAAUAUCGUUUUUGAUAGCGAUUUAAAAACUCUUUCUAGUGAGUUCAAUCUCAUAUGUGAUAUAGAUUAUAUUCCUAGCACGAUCAGUUCUAUACAAAUUACCGGCGUCCUAGUAGGCAAUGUCAUUUCUGGACAACUGGCGGAUUUAUUCGGACGUAAACCUCCGUUCUUUGCUUCUAUAUUGAUAAUUUUAGUGACACAUGUAACUGGUUACUUCUCAACAACAUGGCAAAUGUUCGCCGUCAGUACAUUCUUUGCUGGCCUCGGAGGAGGAUUUUUUCUAACAACGCAAUACUGCCUUUUAUCAGAAUUUACCGUCGCUAAAUGGCGUGCCUGGGUUGUAGGAUUCCCUUCUUGGCCAAUUGAAGGAUGUCUCUUUGCGCUGUGUGCUUGGUUACUUCAUGACUGGAGAAACUUUCAACUGCUGACUGCAGUAAUGGCAGUGCCAUGCUUAUUUACUUGGUGGAUUAUUCCAGAAAGUUUUCGAUGGUAUAUAGCACACGACAAACCAGAAAAAGCAAAAGUCAUAAUCAACAAUAUUGCAAAAUAUAACAGACAGCACGAGUUCAACUCUGAUGAAGUUCUGCAGAAAGAAGGAAAAACUGAAGAUAAAAAAUACACUUUUCUACAUUUAUUCAAAUCAGGGUUUCUAGUUCGAGUUACAAUGCUACUUAUGCUGAACUGGUUAGCGCUUGGUGUAGUGUCAUACGGUAUAGCAUUUGGAAUACAAACACUGUCGGGAAAUAUUUACCUGAAUUUGUUUUUAUUCAGUAUAACAGGCAUACCAACUAAAGGAAUUGCAAUUUGGCUACAAAAUAAAUUCGGGCGUCGUGUUUCAGCACUGAUUUGUUUCAUCGUUGUUGCAGUUGGAGGUCUGACAGUUGGAGUAGUUCAAACACUAGAUCUGCCAAAUAAAGACGAGCUGACAAAUAUUUUUGCACUUAUUGCAAACGCUGGAAUAUCAACCGCUUGGGGACCAGUGCAGACUAUGACAAUAGAAUUAUAUCCAACAGUUGUCCGGAAUAUAGGAUUUGGAACCUUAAGCCUAGCUGGGAGAAUUGGCGCUAUUGUGGGACCACAACUUGUUUAUCUGAAUACAUAUUUCCGUGGUUUAUUGUUUUAUGUAUGCGGCGGCAUUGCUGUGUUAUGUGUAAUUGGAACAAUUUUCUUACCCGAGACAAAGGAUAGUGACCUUAAUGACAAAAUCAAGACUGAUACACAAACGACGCCAUGAUGUCAUCAAGCUCAUGUUUAUUCAAGCGACGGUGAUUUAUGAUUAUUCCCAAACCACGUAUAUUUUCUUAGUUGUACAUUUAUAAUUACGAAAUCCUUAUCUACAUAAUUAUAUUAACGUAUUAUGAAACAGGUUUAUUACUAUAUUAUUUUUCGAGUUUUCGUGUUGGCGGGAUAAAUAUGACGCGUUGACGCCCUUUAAUUAUCAUGCAGUCGUGCGACAAAAACAUUAUUUAUAGAGUUUUCGGUUUUUCGCCCCGCCGACACGAAAACACGACAAAUAUCUGGCUGAAAUAUAUCGUGUUUUUGUGUUUUCGCCCCGCCGAGGUAUUUGUUGAGUUUUCGUGUUUUCGUGUUGUCGUAUGUUCGCCCCGCCAACACGCCAACUCGAAAUGGCAGAAAUCAACCACCAUAUAUGCCCGACAUCUUUACCAAAGUCAAAGGCACAAGUUUCGGACCUGGGAUGAAAGAAAUAUGUCCAGACAGAUACAAACCCUGUUUUCAUCCUUAAUCAAUCCAAAAUGAAAUUAUAUGAGCUUUUACAAAUGAUAUAUGCCAUCUACACAAGGCCAGAAUCCAGAGAUUCGAGCCUGCGAGCAAUGGGUUUACUUCCCACGCCGUUGUGUAAUUAAAUCUUGAGAAUAUUAUCACUAUUUCACGUAUGUAUUUAGUUUUGAGACUAUCCACAAGUCUCUAUCCCUUCCCGUUCAUGGAAUAUCCGUAAGUCCCAGGCACAACGAAACAAUACCAAAAUAUCGACUAAAAUAUAAUUGUCAAAAACCAGACAAAAUCCCAGCAAGAGCAAUGGCAACAGAAGGCAUGGCAAGAACGGCCUAGUCUCGAACACCUAAGUGGUUACUUCGGUACAUAGACGACCUGUAACAACUGUCACCUUAACGUGGUUGUCAUAUUGUCUGGUCCUCCGUGACCAUUUAGAGUAUGUGCGUGCGUGCGUGCAUGCGUAUUUGUUCAGGUUUAGCGUUUUUUUCAAUAUAAGAAGGGUGCCUACUAGUAGCAGUACAUAAGCUUAAAUGCCACACUGAAAUAUCACGCCGUAGACAUGUGCUAUGAUACACCAACCUUUCAUACUGUAUUGGAACCGGGCUGACCAAUCC